AGGGUGGAAUUAAGGUGGAUGAUGGUGUAAAAAUAGCAUGGAGAUAGAUGGAGGGCGGCGGGCACACCAUCACGCCCGCAUUAGGACUUGCGCAGCCAAACUCAUACCAUGGAAACUAUAACGCCCGUUUCUCCAUGAAUUUCCAUUGACAGGUGUUGGCAGCCCUGGGAUCAGCGGGCGUUUGUACCUCAAAAUGACAGAGUUCGGAACAACACCAUUUGAAGCAGACUUGAUCCUGGGCAGCCAGUUCCUUCCUGCACUAGCCACCAUAGACAAUGAGAAUGGAGAGCCAGCAGCCAGAGUGGGGGUCCUUCAGUGCCGACGCUGUUCUGCCAGCUUCCUUCUGGUCCGAGAGGCAUUGUCUCACUACCGGUUGCACGUGUUUGAGACACAUAAGGAGCACUUUACCGUGGUGGUGGGUGGUGCCUGCCCAUUGCCGGGAUGUGCCCUUGGGGGUGACAAAGUCCCCACCAUACACUUUCACUGUGCUUACUGCUGUUUUACAUCUACUGAGAUUAUGGAUCUUCCGUUGCAUAUGGAGGGACGUCAUCUAGCAUUCUACCGGGAAGUGAGCUUAGUUCUGCGAGGGGAUGACAUCCAGCGCACCAAGGUGUACACUUGUGGGGAAUGUGGUAAGAAAAUCCAAGGGACGGUUUCAACAGUUCAACAUUUCUUAGCUCACGACUCUGAUCAUAUGAAGGCCGGAGCUGCUAGGUGUUCGACAAUGUUAAACGGCGGUGAAUAUAAAGACGGAGAACAAGUGCUGGUCAAUGGUGAUGGUAAGAGUGAAAGUGAAGGUGCAGGAAAGAGUUCAAUGCAGUCAAAUUUAUGGUUGUUGGGGAGCAGACUCCAGAAUGGCUCUGAAGAGGAGAAAAAAUGUGGUGAGGAUGAAAGUAGUCAGGACAAAUUAAGUGGUUCAGGGAUAGAAGUCAAAUCAUUAAAAGGUGUCCCUGUGUUAAUUAGUCAUAUGAGCAUCCCUGGGCUACAGACCUUGGACCUUGGAGCACUUCUGCAGAAUGGCAACAAGGAAAAUGAGGUGAUAGAAAAUGGGAACAUAGUAGAUAAUAUAAAUAAUAAUAACUACAGUAACAGUCCCCAGGAACCUCUACAAGUGGAGCUUAACCCUUUAGACUUGUUAACUACUGUCAUUGAAGAAGACCAAAAAAGUGAAUAUCCAAUUCUUCCUGCCGAACACUUCCUCCUCAGUCUUCCAGCGCCAACGCAUUUCUUAGAGGGUGAGAGUGGGGGCCAGGAGGACUCCACGGACGGUUUCCAAGACGGCCAAGAUAACGACGAUGACGGUAGCAAUGAUGGCUACAGUGAUAUACCCAGUGACAUAUUAUUGGACCAUCUAGGAGUGUAUCAGUGUGAUAAGUGUGAAGAAACCUUUAAAUAUCAAUAUCUUCUAGUAACACAUAAACAUCAGGUGCAUCAGGGUCUUAAUGUGCCAUUCGAGUGUCAGGUUUGUGGCAUGGAAUAUACAGUUCUACAGGAGCUAAAGCGCCACAUGAUGACUCACUCAGGAGCCAACAUCUAUACUUGUAAUGUGUGCAGCCAAGGCUUCUCUGACCGAGCCUCCCUCAAGACCCACUCUCUCUCCCACGGGGGGACUACGGAAAGAGCCAGUAAGUGUGAAUCGUGUGCUUGUGAGUUUCCCUCCAAGUCUGAACUCACCAGACACAUUGUCAAAUAUCAGGGGACUUGUAACCCCAACAAGAGUGAGGGAGUGCGGUGUGCAACCUGUGGAGAAGAUCUUCCCACUUUGGAGGCAUUGAAGGAUCACCGCCGGACAGCUCACCCCACACCAGAGGUCACCCAAGGCUCUGGCAAGAAGGGCUUUGAAUGUGAUUAUUGUGGGAAGACCUUCAAUUGUCGCUCAAACCUCAGAGACCAUUUAGUUGUUCACACUGGCGAGAAACCGUACCCAUGUGAUAUAUGUGGCAAGUCAUUCAGCUUCAUCCAUAACAUGAAGACUCACAGACUAACCCACAAUGAAGGAAGGAAUGAGGUGUGUCCGUACUGUGAUAAAGCCUACAAGAGUAAGAUCUCACUCUACUACCACAUGAAGAAAGGCAACUGUAGAGGACUGUCAACCAAAGAGGUGCCAGAAGGGUAUCACCGUUGUACUGAGUGCCUGCAGAUGUUUGCCAGUGAAGAAAGAUUUAAGAUCCACAAGGAUAAAGGUCACUGUCAGGUGUCUCAUCGCUGCCAGCACUGUGGUCUGCGGUGCUCUACUGAAACACGGCUCCAGAACCAUCUUCAAAAGGGUGUCUGUCAGAAGAAGGACUCUCCGUCAAGUCAAAAUUCGUCUGAUGCACCCAAGAAGCGUCGCUUGGGGAAGGAACGAGAGAAGCCUCAGGAGGAGAUAGUGUGUGACCGGUGUAACUAUACCAAAGACUGCUGCUGCACUUUCUCCUGUAAUCACUGUGGUAAGAGAGUCUUCUCCAUCAUGGCGUACACCCUCCACUCCGAGAGAACGUGCCCGGUCCUCAAGCACAGACGAGAACGCAUCCGAAUGGCAAUCAUGGAGAAGAGGCGUCGCAGGGAAGGGCUGGCUCCUUCCACAGAGGAAUUGACAUUGCCGCUUGAGAUUAAACCUGAAGUAGGACAAAGAAUUCAGCCUUAUAGGGACUUCCUCAGAAUUGGACAUGAUAAGAGUAUAGACGGGAAGGACUUCAAAAGAAAAUCUUUUGACAGUGUGAGAGAAGAUAUGAAAAGAAGAGAAGUUGUAAUUGAAAAACCUGUCGAGAUAGUUAAUCAGAGGCCUGAAGAUGGGGAUGGUGAUGACAGCAGUUCUGGUAGUCUCACUGAUCUCUCAACAUUUACCUCACCAAAUAUACUUCAGCCAGUCACUAAUCCUACUGAUGAGUGAUGAAAUGUGUUCACGUUAUCCAGAAAAUUUUACCAACUGUUAAUCCUUCAAUCGGAGAACUGACUAUGUAUGUAUUUGGAGUAAUCUAUCACAUCUCAAGGUCUUCAUGAUUUAGUUCUCAAAUUUACUGUUUAAAAAGGUCAGAUAAUAAAAGCUAAAGAAAUAGCUAAAUAUGAAGUGAACUACAGUACACUGAUAGCUCAACUCAGAGAAACUUAUUUUGUACCUGACUUUUCAUUGUGCCAAAGAAAGGCUAGUGUCAGGGGUGAUAUGUGCGGGACUUAACAUGAUGUGGAAAAAAUUUUCUUGGCGCUGUUACUUCUUACAUGUGUAUAAUUUUUUACAUAAUUAUAAUAUUAACCAAUUUUGAUAUUUGUUAUGGUAAAAGUUUCAUACGAGAUCACACUCUCAACUCCAAGUUAGUGCCACCCAUAGAGUGUUCCUCCGGUGUUAGCGGUAAAGAUAAACAGUACAGUACGCAAACAAUGCCUUGAAACACCACCUGUUGAGGAAUCAUCGGCCGAGGUGAAAAUGUUUGUCGUCUUCAUUCACGGUCACUUGAGUGUGUCUGCUGAAAGUCCGGUGUUCCCGUUUGUGGUUCUCAGCAUGUGCUUCAUAUUCAUAUAAUGUAAAUGAAGAGAAUCAGAUUCCUCCUAGCCAUGCAUUUGGCCAAAAUGUAAAUAAAAACCAGAGCAGCCUAAACCUUACACAGUGUUAAGAAUUUUCACCAGUUUCCUGUGAAUAGGAUAAUAAUAAUAACGCUUGUCAAGAGAAUUGUUCGUAUGCAGCUGAUAUGCAGUUUGCUUCAGAGGUCACAUUACUCAAGGUCAUCAAAUUAACCAGUCAUAUGUUAGUCUUAGUUAUACUGUACAUGAAGUAAUGAUUGGUAGUUUUUGACAGUGAGAAGAGUGGAAGUUUACACUUUUGACUGGGUCUAAAGUGCAACAUAAUUUUUUUAAUGUUAAAUUGCAUUAAUAAGGUAUUGAAAGAUGUGAGAACAUUUAAUACUAGGAGUUGCAAUUGUCUUCAAUUGAGAUUUAAGUGUUCUUGUGUUGUCAGGUAACAUAGUGUACCAUUUAAGUCACUCUGUUGCAAUAAUUAGAUGAUUUAAAUUAUUCUUGAUUAUUUUGAUGAAUUAAUAUACAGUACAGUAGUCCCUCACCAACCGUGAGGGUUAGAUACCAAGUUCCACGGCUGCAGAUAACACUCAUCAAAGCCUAACUAAGUUUACUUCUCUAGUGCAUCCCACUGAUGCUAUACUCUCCCCAUGCUCUAGUCUAUCAAGCACUUCAACUUUCUUUUCUCAUGUCAUUCUGUUCUUUGCCCUUUUCACCUUCUCACCUUUAUCACUAACACUCAAUGAACACUUAGUGGCCAUAGUUAAGGGCAAAAUCAAUGUUAAUACAGUACAACAUAUGUGAAAGAAUAUGGAGCAGUAUAGUAUGCUGCAACAUCAGAACACUGAAGAGCAGUGGCAGGAGAGGGGAUGCUGCACUAGCCCACAGAUACAUAAAACCGUGGAUACCUGGGAAAUCCUUGUUUGGUGAGGGUCUACUGUAAUCCGUUUAAAGUAUUACUGUAAACCCAUCAUAUAGCCUUGGAUAAUUCACAUUAUUAAAAUUAAUAGUAUCACAUGUUGUUAAUGUCAAUUAUUUAAAUAUCUAACUUUUUAUCAUCUAACUUUAAAGCUGUUUGUACUGUUCCACUUAGAGGAUUUUGGGAUACAGUACUAAAUUUGUUUAAAAUUUAAUAAACUAUAAACAUAAUGAAUUUAUCAUAAGUUGUAACAGUGUUUCUUAUAAGUCUCUUCUGAAAUUUUAUAAGUAAUUUAAGUUAUUUAUUGCAGUAUUUUGGGUCCUUGAUAUUGUACUACUGAACAAUAGUAAAGUGAGGUGAAUCAUGGGGUUAGGGCAGUGUUGUAGAGCUAACAAGUUGAUGGUGUAACAAGGACUGCCCUCAUAAUGUAGUAAGCAAGAAUCGUUAUACUGUACCUUCUAAAUUUAUCAAUGCUUCUCUGUCGCAAGUAAUACAGAAAGUUAACGAGUAUUCAGGUGAGUUUAUGCUACUGGGCAAUUCAGAGUAAUACCAGUUCUCGGCUUUAAGAUUAUACGCUUAGUUCUAGUUCUUAGUUUAUAUUUUAUGGCCAUGUUGGGUCAUCUAUAUUUGGACAUUAUUGUAUACGUUUCAUUCAUAACAUUUUUUUGUAUGAUGCCACUGAUCACUACAUCUGAAACUGUAAUAUUCAUUAUUUACACUUAUGACUCGGUGGAUUUUAUGAUAUUAUUGAAGAAUUGUUUAUGAGCCGGUUCUCUCUUUUUUUCUCUUUAUAUAUAUAUUUUUUUUAGUGACAUACAAGGCAUCAGUAAGUGACCUUCAAGAUCCAUACCAGCAUAAGCCUGCCAUAUGGGAGAGAGGCAGAUUACUGUACUAGAGGGGCAGUGACUGUGGUUCUAGGAAGUACAUAAUGUGAAUCUUUUUUACCUUUUGUAGAAGAUAGGCCUUUUAGAGGAGCUGCUACUGUAGCUCUGGACUUCUUGCACAAGUCCUCCUCCAAUGCAUUCCAUGCUGGUUUAGAUUUUUGUAGGUCCUUUGUUGAUAACCUGAGUUACAUGUGGAGUUUUAAAGAAAAUACUGUACUAUACUGUAGUCCCAUUUCAUGACUUAGGAUAAGAAACAAUGACCUGGUUCCCCUUUUUCCUCUCUUGAUGGAGUUGUUAGCAGACAACAGUUUAGAGGAUCACACUAUAAACUUCCUUUUAUGGCUGACAGGGCUCAGAAAGAGUACUCACGUAAAAUCAUUGACCUAGUAUCCUGAACCCAUCCAAGUUCUUGAGAAAAUUACUCGACCAAUUGGAGCUGAAUUUGACCAUGAUUAGACUGGUUCAGAAGGCAGCACUGUAAAUGCUUAAUCUACAUGGAUGGAGUAUCCUGCCAUGAUACAUGUGAAGCUCUCUGACAGAGGCAGGCCAGGCCAAGGAUGUGUGCUGUAUGGGUCUUGCUGAUCACUUGUUUCUUUAACCUGGUGAUAAAAUAGGACUUAAUUUUUCAGUUCUUUGUUUCUCAUAAACUGAGUUUUUAGUGUUUAUUGUUUGUCUCCAUAUUUCCCUCAUUAUUUUCUUGAGUAAUUGUUAUGUAAAGUUGCAGAAAUAAUCUCUCAGCAAGUCUCUCUUGGUGAUCACUUUAUCACUGACACUAAUUGGAUGAUUGCUGAAGAAAAUUAUUAAUAGAAAGGCAAAUUCCUGACAUUCAUGUAAUCAAUAUUUUAAUUCUCGUACAUUUUCGUAAAUGUUCACAUUACUUCAGUGAUGUGGAAAUUGUUACCUCUGUAUUACAGUACAGGUACUGUACUUCAGAAUUUGAAGGUGAUAUGGGAUCUAAUAAUUAGACCAAGUGUGGCAGCUUAACUACUCCUUGUGUUUGAUAUGUAUGAGAAUACAGUACUUGCCUAAGAGUGGGCAGAAACAGCUGUAGAAUGUCCUAUUCAGUCCUUUAUAAUUGUGAUUAUGCAUUUAUAUACAUUUUAAUAAUGCAUGUGUUCGAAUGACAAUGUACAAGAGAGUUUAUGUAAAACUAAGUGAGAAUUUUUGUGAUAAUCAGUGGCAGGUCACAUUUAUGUCACCUCUGUACAGAUCAACAGAUACACCAAUUUCUCACCUCAAUAUUUCUAAUUUACAUUUUUAUAUUUUCUUACCAGAACAGUGUGUAGUUACAAAAGUUUUAAGGAGAUUUUGCAGAGAUUAUUAUUCCAGAGAUGUCAGAAAUGGCAGAUAAUUUGUGGACAUAGAAGUAGACAAUGUUAUUUGUUUAGGAGAAUUUACUGUACCCUUUAAACAUUACUGUAUACUGUUUUUAAGGUCCAGCUUCACACGAUCACAGUAGGAGGUUUGACAUGCAGAGGGUUGUCACUGACCGUCCAAAGUGUCUAGUCUAGAUAGUGAGAGUUGGUGUGCGAGAUGAAAACCAUGUGUAUUCCCGUCUCUUCGUUCGUUAAUAUACCUGGUAAGUUAGCCCAGACGAGUUGUAAUCUAUAUUUAUAAAAAUAUUUAUACCGAGUGAGUUGGGUUGAGUUUUUUUUAGUAUGGAAGUGGGUUAAGGAGUUUCUACUCUUUAUCCUGUGAUCAUAAGACAACAGACUUAAGGUGAUGCAAAGAAGGGCAGUUCCUAUGAGUCAACUACAACAAUAGGAUAUACAGUACAGUAUGUUGCAGCACCUCUUGUAGCAUUACACACACACAUCAAACAUAGAUUUAGUAGUCUUCUCUCCAUUCUCUCACAUGUUUCUCUCACAACUAUGGCCAUAAUCUUCCUUCAGUACUGUACUACAAGUUUUCUCCCUGGGGAUUGUCUUCAUUUACGUGAUAAUCAGUGUGAAUGGAGGGUUAGUUCUUAGCAUGUAAUCUGACUGGUUGUUUUCCAUUAACAGUUUGAGGCAAAAGUCCUAACUGGUGAAAUCUUUAGCCUAUAGAGGACACCCACGACUGGUUGAACUCAGAUCAACCCUUGUUCCAUCUUAAUAUUGUAUUUGUUUUUUGGAUAUAUUGGAUUACAGUAUCCUGUUUGAUUGAUUUGACUUUAAAGAAAUUGUGAACAGAUGCUGAUAUUCACUUCUAAGGAUCUCAAUUAUUGUGUUGUUGAUGCUGUACAAGAUAUUAACUAAUCUCUGUGUGUUGUGUAAGGUCUAAAGUGUCUGUCUACUGGUGCCAUGGCCCAGUAAUGCUGUGCCAUGGCCCAGUAAUGCUUGUGAUAUAUGUCCAAUAUUUUAAGAAGGAAGUGUUUUCUUUUUUCUUUUGAUAUUGUUGAAGGUAUUACUAUUUGUUUAAUAACCAAAUUAUUGUCAUUAUUUGAUAUUAAUAUUAUUAUUUAGUAUCAAUAUAUCAACACUUAUUAUUACCAUUAGUGAUAAGAGUCUCAUCUGUCUUUAACCUUCCCUUCGGUACAAUAUCUUUCAUUGUAUCAGUUUCCUUCAUAUUAUCAUCUUCAUGUUUUAUUCUCACCACUUCACAUCCGGUCCCUGUUUGCUUUUAAAAAUAUCCGUUUGAACUGCUCGAACUAAUUACAGUAUCUCUUCAUCAGUCUAUAUUAUUGAGCUUGUAACCAUAUUCAGAACAAUAAGCAGGAUCUUUCUCUUACUAUUGACCAUCUCCACACCUACAUGUGUCUAAGACUCAGGAAACAGCUGCUGAAACUUUUAAUAGAGAGUUCUGUAUGGUGGUUGUUGUAAAAAAAAAAACUAACCCCCUGUACUGGUACCUUUAUUCCUUUCACUAAAUUUUUUUUAAUAGAUUUUGUGAAAGACAUGAAGUGUGUUAGUUUACUAGAAGGAGCUGAUAUUGGAAGCUUUGGGGAACACUAAAGGGUGUCUACCAGGGCCGGAUCCAGGAAUAUAAAAAAGGUGGGGGGAGGAGGAACUGGCGAGCAUAGUGAACCCACCCAGUCGCACACUUGAUAUUAAAGAGAUAUUCUGAGGUUAAUAGUAACUACUUUUUACUGUACAAAAUUGCAUGAGUACAAUACUGCAUUAAAGAAAAAAAAAAUUGAAUUUUCUGCUGAAAAGUGGGAAUCUGGACCCUUGGUAUCCUCCCCUGUCUACACUCUGUUUAUAUCUGAUGGUUCGUCUUGCUUCCACAGAAUUCACACAAUUUGCAAUUUCUCAUCCUAGUUUACCAUUUUAUUACUCUACUAUGGCUCAAGUUGUGUGUGUAAAUAUAAUUAUGAAAUUUAUCCUAUGAAUUUGGGGUUGGUUGUUUUUAUUCUAUUUAAUUGGGCAGGACAGUGUCUACUUGCGAGUCAGGUGGUUGUUGGGGCCUAUUUGGUAUUGUUCCAACUAAUCUUGUUUUAUGGUCCCUAUCAGUCUUUCUGUUCUUGUCUUUUCCACAUUAUAACCAGUUGUGGAGGGAGUAGCAUCUUUGUUUAUACAUUCAAUACUUUUCUGGAAGCAAAUUUUACCUGCUUCAAUUUUUUUGUAACCAUGGCAUUAAAUUGUAAACUUCCUUGGCUUAAGUUACUAGCAUUUAGUUGUUUGUUUGGAGAAGUGAAUUAAUACCACAGUGUUUUAAGUGUCAAUAUAUCUCUUAAAAGACAUGGACUCCUAAACUACUGUACUAUAUAGGGGGUUAAGUUUUUCCUUUCCUAGGUGAGGGACAUUCACUUAAGUCUUAAACAGCAGCCAUCAUCAGUGGAUGUCAGCUGCAAGGAUGGCAGCCAUCAUCAGUGGAUGUCAACUGUAAGGAUGGCGGCCAUCAUCAGUGGAUGUCAGCUGCAAGGAUGGCAGCCAUCAUCAGUGGAUGUCAACUGUAAGGAUGGCGGCCAUCAUCAGUGGACGUUUCAGGUUUGUUGUGUUUAACUUUGGUGCAAAUGGUGGUGGAGUCGGGGAUCCGUAGCCAGUGGUUAAGGGUUAAGCAGCUGCUGCUGAAAAUUUGUCAAGUUUAGAAUUUGAGAAUUGUCAGACAUGACUGGUAGAUAAACUCCCGGUAAUAUAUGGUGUAGUAGUGUUUGAAGUAAAAUUUUUACAAAACAAUUAGAAUGAAGAAUAUAUAAUUUCCCCAAUAUACUACAGGUUCUACAUAAAUAAGUAAGACUCUUGGCAGUUCCAGAAAUGUUGAAAAAAGUGAACCCUUGAAUAACCCCUUUAGGUUACACUGCAUUUAUACAGGGUAUAUAAGAAACGCUUUCACAUUUUUAAUAUUUUAUUAUUAUUAUUUUGGAAUAAGUGUGUCCAGGAUUUGAUGUGUUGUCUUGGCACUUUUUGCUUUUAUGAUGUUUAGAAGAAUAUUUUUGAUAUUGUUAGUGAACAAAAGAACUGGUUUUCUCAUAAUUGUUUGUAAAUAAGUGCAAGGAACAAUAUAAUUUUCAUCUGCCACUGAAAUGAAUUUAUCUUCCAUUAGAUAUUGUUGGUUGUCAUGUAUGAUUGAGCAGUGUACAGUUAUAUGGUACAGGUAGGAGUGGUCUUGGAAUUCUCUUACUUCUAAAUAGAGCAUCAAGUGUACAAGUGCCAAGAUAUAACUUAUUUAUGAGAGAAGUAACAUACUGAAUAUAGAUGGAUAAACAUAGUAGUUCCUGCAUUGUAAUCUUAAGGAGAUUGUAUUAAGUCAUCCAGGAGACAGACAUUACCGUAGAUACGUGACGGGGGUGGGGGGGGGCAAUACUGGCAUGAUGUUGUCUCAGCAAACAAGCAAUUUCUAAACCACCGUUACUUUGACAAAACUGCUGGCAAGGUACAUAUCACAUACUCAGUGUUCAGUGCCGUGAUCUGGGUCUAGUUUUGUAGUCUUCAGCCCAGUGUCACUCAUUAGAUUUGAAUGAUGAUUUUUAGAUUAGUUUUUCAUGGUCUGCAUCUUUCACUGUUCAGGUGAAUGUUUCAAUCAGAGUAGUUCAGAUAGAUGAUCCAGUCACAUAUUUUAUGCUGUUUUACUGGGUUUUUGGAACUACUUAUGUUCAGGGAUUGAUUUUUCAAGGCUUAAAAAAUUUGUAUUAGGUGGGCAUGUCAUAUUGAGAAUGUAACAUAUUUCUGUUCUAUAUUAUUGUGGAUGGUCUUCAUGUACAUAGUUAAGUUGGGUCAAUGGUCUGUCUGUGUGGUCUGAAGCCUGAACAAUCACCCACAGCAAUAAAUGUAACUGUUACAGUAAAAAUGUUUAUAGAA